GUGAACGCUGCUGCUUAUAUAUUUUCAAGAAAACAUCUUUCUAUGUUCGUGUGACUGCUGAUAAUAAUGGAAGGUCACCUUCUUUACAGCUGCCACGUUUUACUGAGGUGGUUACCAAAAAUAUUACACGCAAGGACCCUAUACAAUUAGGGAAUUGGUGGUUUGUGCAGCCAGUAGGGCCUGAUAAUGAAAUUGUUGAAGAAUUUACUCGAUUUUUGGGAAAUGUGGCUAAAAAUUCUGAGUUAGCCCCUCUUAAUUUUGUUAAUUGGCCAAGUCUUCCCACACAUGAUAACAUAUGGGAAUAUGUCCAGGAGAAAUACAUGGUACCUGAAGAAGGAAGAAAGUGGGUAAUGGAAACUGUUAACUAUGCCUGGCCUUUCCAUAAAUGUAGAAUGAAACAGAAAUAUUACUAUGCAUUUGAUACUGACGAAGAAAGAUUGGAAAACCAUCCGAAAACCAUUCCAAAAACACAUUUCGAAGAUCUCUUGAACUACUGGAAUUUAACGACAACUAAGGAUAUGCACACAAUGGGUCCAAAAUCAUAUGCCUUGUUACGUCAUAAAUUGCAACAAGAGGACCCGAAUAAGCAAGAACCUUCCCAAGCGAAGGUCUACAAAGCCUCCAGGUCAAGAAAUCCUAAGAAGACAUACAAAACAAGUUUCGAGAAAACGAAACAUAAUAUUGUUCAAAUGGAGGCGUUAGUGUCUCAACAACAAGAAGUAGGACAGAAAAAUGCAGAUCCCUACUACGAAGUGAUAAAAAAAGCCGAGCACAAUGGACGUGUACGUCUUUUUGGGAAAGCUGUGACCAAGAGUGAUUUAAAGAAAAGAGGCAAAGCUUCGGGAUACACAAUUCCUGAAGAGUUCCUACAGAGCAUCCAAGCAAUGUUAAUUAAAAAAUUUCAAGAAGCUAAUCCUGGAAUGAAUCUCGUGGUUCCUGGAUCCUCUACUGGAUCAAUUCCAAGGGAGUCAACUAGUGACAGGUCACAAGUUAACGAGGAGCGAAGUGGGGAACAGUCUUCUACUGGGACACAACUAGAAAAUCAGGUACUGCGGGGAACGAUGGAAACGACUAGUGGCGAGGAAUUCACUUUAAUAUUAAUUCACCUAGUUUAUGCUUAAUGUUUUGAUAGUUUAAUUAAAGACUUUUCGUAAGUUAUGUACUUUUAUUUUGGGAAUGUAAAGGAUUAUUAUGUUAAAUUGGAGGAUUUAAUGGCUUA